GCAAGCGCGUGCCCUUCGGGGCGGGGCCGGGCCGGGCGGCGGCGCAAGCACCGCUUGGAUUGGCCUGAAGCGGCUGUCACCGCGUUGCCGGGCGGUACCCAGUGUGGUGGGAGAGGAGUGUACACAAUGGAUGCAGCUACUCUAACAUACGAUACUUUGAGGUUUGGCGAUUUUGAAGACUUUCCGGAAACAAAAGAACCAGUUUGGAUUUUAGGAACCAAGUACAGUGCAAUCACAGAUAAAGAUGAGAUAUUUGCAGACGUCACUUCACGACUCUGGUUUACCUACAGGAAAAAUUUCUCUCCUAUUGGAGGCACAGGGCCAACCUCUGACAAUGGCUGGGGCUGCAUGUUGCGAUGUGGACAGAUGAUCUUGGCUCAGGCCCUUAUCUGCAGACAUUUGGGUCGAGACUGGAGAUGGGUAAAUGGGAAGCAGCAAAGGGAUGAAUAUUACAAUGUAUUGAAUGCAUUUCUUGAUAAAAAGGACAGCUACUACUCCAUUCAUCAAAUAGCUCAAAUGGGAGUCGGAGAAGGGAAGUCAAUUGGCCAGUGGUACGGACCAAACACUGCAGCCCAGGUAUUGAAGAAGCUGACAUUUUUUGACAACUGGAGUUCAUUGGCAGUUCACGUGGCAAUGGAUAAUACCGUAAUAAUCGACAGCAUCAAGAUGUUGUGCCGGUCUAACAGUGCGUGUGAAGCAGCAGCAGCAGCAUUCCCUCAGGCUGAUGGCUCAAGACCAUUCAACGGGUAUCCGACAGGAGCAAGCUCCUCAGAAGAUGUACUGUUGUGGAAACCAUUAGUAUUGCUAAUACCUUUGAGGCUGGGACUCAGCGAGAUCAAUGAGGCAUACAUCAAAACACUAAAGAAAUGCUUUAUGUUGCCGCAAUCUCUAGGAGUCAUUGGUGGAAAGCCAAAUAGUGCCCAUUAUUUUAUCGGCUUCGUAGAAGAUGAACUGAUCUAUCUUGACCCACACACAACACAGCCUGCGGUGGAGCCGUUUGAAGACUUCUCUAUAGCGGAUGAGAGUUUUCAUUGCCAGCACCCUCCCUGUAGAAUGAACAUCUGUGACCUUGACCCAUCCAUUGCAGUGGGGUUUUUCUGCAGCACCGAGGAGGAUUUUACCGACUGGUGUCAAAGAAUUAAAAUGAUUUCACAAGAGAAAGAUGCCCUACCAAUGUUUGAGCUGAUGGAUCACCAGAACACUCGCUUCCCUGAUGUUCACUGUCUAACGCCUGACUUCACAGAUUCUGAAAGACUGGAACGAUUCUUUGAUUCUGAAGAUGAAGACUUUGAGAUCCUCUCAUUAUAAUUAUAGGAAUUCAGCUUUGAAGACAAAGUGUUGGUGAUUCUCAUGCUGCUAAUAUUCAGCAGUAAAUCGGCACAGGUUUCAUGAAUUCACAUCAUCAUCAUCAGUACACUGGGAUCCUCGGAUGGUGCGUUUCUGACUGGUCCCCGCUGAGGAGUGAUACCCCUCAUCUGUGAGCUAGCUCAGUCACCCCACGGACUAUUUGAUGAUUAAAUGCAAACUUGCCUCUGCUUUACCAGCACAUCAUAUUUACCAUGUACUUAAGCAACAGUUUUUUUUUUGUUGUACUUUAGCAGCAUAUUUGGAGGACAUAAUUUGACAGCUCCUGGGGUUUUAUCCAGCAGCUUGUUCUCUUCAGCAGUCCUGCAGCGACGGAAUGGCAUCCUGUUGGUUUAAGGCAGCAGCAUAAUAUAAAAAGUAGCAAAAUUGCACAGCUUGGAUUCUCUCACAUCAAGAUGCUGUAUUAAACUAUCUCACUCCAAACUGAAGCAGAUGAGCAGUUUGCUUAAGUUAAAUAUGUUGCAUUGAGAAUUGUGGUACAGAUAUGCAAGUGCUUUUUGUAAAGGAGUGUGUUUGAUCACAUUCCCUAUAAUGGAGAGAUUUUGUUUUCUCUUAGGAUAGGACCAACUAUCUUUGUUAUCUUCAGCCCUAUUAAUGGCUUUGAAAUGCAUUAAUUUGGUUAUGUUUGAUGAGAAGGAAAAUUACAAUGGCAUCAUUUUAUGUUGUUUUCAGACUAUUGGACAGAUUUCAGUGGCACAAGGACCAUCUUACUGAUGACAUCACUGAUCCUAAAAUCAGUUUUAGAUCUGAAUAUGGGGACCAUGUGACGUACCAGUCCUUUGAAGGAAUUACUGAACUAUGGUGUCAGCUAUGGCUCUGGAUGACACAUUUGCCUGACAGAAAGUUGUAGAUUCAAGCACCAUUCUAGAGACUCGGGCACAAAAAGGGCAGGCUCGCUUUCCAAUAGAGAAUAAACAAUGUUAGAGGUAACACUUCUGGAAUGAGACAUGCAAUGAAGGUCCUGUCUGCCAUACCACAUGAAUCUAAAUGAUCUCAUAGCAUUAAUUCACAAGCACAGGGAUAUUGUCCCAUGUUCCAGCCAAUAAUAAGUGCUAAAACGGGUAAUCUGAUCAUGAUCAAACACCAUUUGUUGAAUCUUUACUGUUCAAAAUUGGCUCCUGUAUUUAUCGAUAUUAAAAGAAAGACAACCCUUCAUUGGCUGACAAAUGCUUUAAGACAUCCCAAAAUCUGAAAUGUGCUACAUUCAUCAGCAGCUUGAGGUAUACAUAUUGGUCCUCUAAUUCUCACCUGGGCUGCCCUAACCUAACUAGGAUGACCGCUGCUGCUGGCAGAAAGGCCCAGUUUGACAUCUCUCCCGAUGUUUCCCACCUCCUGCCAAUGUAUUUUUAUUGGGGGGUAGUGGAGAUUUGGGGGAAAAAGUGGAGGAGAAUGAAGAUCAAUAACUCAACGUCAUUAGACGUGAGGAUGCUUGUUGCCGAAGUAAAUGGUAGGCACAGUAAAGCAUAAUACUACUUAAUGUCUAUAGUAGAUCUGCACUAAACCUGAGAAAUAUCAAUUAACCACUUCACAUAAUUAACACACAAUGAGCUUUUUAAUUGUAUGAAAUAUUUGCUGUCACUGACAUCUUUAAUGCUGUUUUAAUGAGUAAAUGUAGUAAAAUGACAUGAAUAUGGAGAUACACUGAAGAAAGGGGACAUUCACAAUGUCGAAGAUCUUUGACAACUUGAGGCAAUUUAUUUAGGCGGUUCUGAGUUACUGACCUUUGAAAUUAGGCUGACGCUUGGAAAUUGUUAUAUAAAUGGAGCAGAAUGGGUUUGUGUUGGGAUGGUUUGACCAUGUUCUUCAGUGAAAAGGAUGGUACAUAGAGUGUGAAAGGGCCAGUUCUACCAGCACACUGAUAGUUCACUCUUAACCUUGUUUAAAGAGGCUGAUAAAUGGACUGCUGGACUAUAAUAUCUAAAUAAAUUGUUUAAAAUAAUGUAA